CCCAACCCAAAAAUUCCAAAAUCAAAAGGCUGGUGCUGGGCGCGGGCAAAGUAGAGCAGUGCAGAGCAAAAUAUUUAGUGCAGUGCAACCCUAAAAAGGAGAAAGGGGAAGAAAAUGAGGCAUAACACCCACCAUCAACACCAACACCAACACCAAGCAGCAGACAGUUUAGUGAAUCUAUUGACAAAGGCAAAUCACGAUCUUACCCUGGUUCAGCUGAAGCUCGAGAAGGAGUUUCAACAAGUCUAUCCCGAUAACGCAAAUCCUAUGAAACUAUCUAAUAGGAUUAAGAAGAUGCAGGACGAUCUUACUACAUUGAAAGAGCAGUGCCGCGAGCUUCUUUCUGCCAAACAGGACUUGAUUGAUAAAGCUCGGACAACUCUUGUUGGAAACAGAAGUUUACUACAAAGAAUGCAUACAUCAAUGGGCAAUCCCCUCUCUAGUGUCGAUGAGGACCCUGCAUUUGCUAAUUUCAACCAGAUUGUUGAUGAAUGGACGAUUCAAGUCAGAUCAAGAACAGGGGAUGAGGCGCAGAAUUCAGAAUCUGAGGAUAUUAACAAAUUACUCUUCUCAGCUAUAGUUCAAAGCAAUUGAAUGGCCUUUGUUGAGAAGUAUUCUUGGUUGCACGUUGUGCUUUAUCAACCUCUCAAAUAUUGUUGAAUGAGGAGUCUGUAGUUAAGUUUAAUGCAGUGUUGCCAUCAUAUUGUGUUUAACUGGCAUUGUGAUUUUCUGUUUUGUUUGUACAGACUUACAAAAACAUUAUGUUUAUAUCA